AUCUCUGUAACCUCUUGGCGCAGUAUCUGGCGGCGAAAACGGCAAAGUGCGGCUGCAAAACGCACGGAUGUGGAGAAUGUGUGACCGAAACAGUGGGAGAAGGCUGCGGCAGUGGCUGAUUGAACAGAUCAAUAGCGGGAUGUAUCCUGGGCUGAUCUGGGAGGAUGAUGAGAAGACCAUGUUUCGUAUUCCAUGGAAGCACGCGGGCAAACAGGAUUACAACCAGGAGGUGGACGCAUCCAUCUUCAAGGCAUGGGCAAUAUUCAAAGGCAAAUUCAAGGAAGGUGACAAGGCAGAGCCAGCCACUUGGAAGACAAGGUUGCGCUGUGCCUUGAAUAAGAGCCCAGAUUUUGAAGAAGUGACGGACAGAUCCCAGCUGGACAUCUCCGAGCCAUACAAGGUCUACCGCAUUGUUCCAGAGGAAGAACAGAAAUGCAAAAUGGGAAUGGUGAAUGGGUGCGGCCUGAGUGAGGUCCCGGAGAUGGAGUGCAAUGCUUCUGCCAUAGAGGACUUGAUGAAAGAGGCCAAGAUGCAGGCAGCUGGCAGCUCAAAAAAUUCAGGGCUGCCAGACUCAGUGGUUACCUUGGAAGCAAGAGCCAAUAGUAUCCACAGUUUCUGGAAAAAGCACAUGCAAAAGCCCACCUCAGGAGUGGAGGAAUACCUCGGCACAAUAAAGAGAAGCCCUUCGCCACUGCCAGAGACUUGCCGAAAUCCACCAAUCCCCGACUGGUGGAUGCAUCAGUCACCUCCUGCUCUGUCCCUGAUGAGUGGCUUUACGAGUUACGAGCCACUUCAUUCAGGCCACUCCCAGAUGGUGAUCAACUUCUAUUAUGGAGGGAAACUGGUGGGAAGCACCACCACCACUCGCCCCGAAGGCUGCCGCAUCUCCCUUGGAGAAUCUCCCUACGUCCUGGAGAGCCUGGAGCACGUGCGGUUCCCGUCGGCGGACGCGAUCCCCCACGAGCGCCAGAGGCAAAUCACCAAGAAGCUGUUUGGGCACCUGGAGAGAGGCGUCUUGCUCCAUUGCAACAAGCAGGGCAUCUUCAUCAAGCGGCUCAGCCAGGGCAGGGUGUUCUGGAGCGGGAACACCAUGCUGUACAAGGACAAGCCCAACAAGCUGGACCGGGACGAAGUCGUCAAGAUUUUCGACACCAACCACUUUCUCAGAGAGUUUCACCAGUACUAUAACAGCCAAGGUCCCUUCCCAAACAGCAAAGUUAUUCUAUGUUUUGGGGAAGAAUUUCCAGAUGCCACACCUUUACGGUUCAAGCUGAUCCUUGUCGAGAUUGAGCAACUAUGCAUUCGACAGUUGAUGGAGGAAGCUGGGAAGAAUGAAGGCAACACUCUGAUACACCCCGUGGGAGAAGAGGUGCAUUAUGACCAGAUGUACCGGAACUUCCAGGAUUCUUGUGGACCUCACCAAAGACCCAUUUUCAGAGAGAAUCAACAGAUCACUGUUUAAAACUCCUGUUAGGAGGGGUGGGAGGUUUGGGAAAAGAAAAGAAAAAAGAAAAGAAAAGACGCCUUAAAAAAAACCAAAGGAUUUGUUUAAGAUCAAUGUUUAUAGCAUCAUUCAUUGAACAUUUCCCUCUGGAAAAAUCGCCCUGGUCUUUGCUAGAGUGAUGUUAUAUUGUGUUUGGGGCAGGAGAGUUUUCCCUUUACAGCCUAACUUAAAUGACAUCCAUUUGAGCAUUCCUUGGGGUUUCCACACUACAGCCUUACCCCAAAGUCAGCUUAAACCAGGUUAAAACUGUCCAAUCUCGUUUCACUGCAUUGUGUGCUUUGGUUGAAAGGAAGGAAAGGAGGUGGGUGGGUGGGAAAAUGGUGUUGAUUCAGCCAUUGUGUUUCUGACAAGCGAUGCAAGCCCUGGGGUGUUCCACUGCCCCAGUAUUAAUUUCUUCACUCAGGGCAGGCUUUGAAGGGGGGUGGGCAAAGGGCCUUCCAGGGAGACCCCUCCUCUGUCUUGGCCCCAGUGGGCGGCCCGGCUGCUGAAUCGAACCACUCUCUUCUCGAAUUUCCCAGAAUGCCCAGAGCAAGGCUAGGUCAAGGGCACUGUGGGAAAUUGAGCCUCUCCAGAGCUGGCUGCCUGGGGGAGCCAAUCCCCAGAAGCCGGACAUGCCAGGUGUGGCAUGCAGAGUGCAGUGGGACAUGAGGCACCGUGGAUGGAGGGGGGAAGCUCCGUGAAGCGCAACGCUUCCAUUUUGGGAAGGGCUCUGGGCAUCCGUGGGGGAAUGCCCCCGUGUGGAUCUGUCCCAGAUCACGGGCCUUUUUGAGUCGACCGGUCCUGGGCACCCAGGGACAAAACACGAUCCCACUGCUGGGAGAGCUGUGUGAGCAAGGCAGGCUGGGACGGUGCUGAGUGCGUCUGAAAAGGGCAGCUUGCACCCACAUGGCUGGAUCGCUCGGCCAGCGUGAACCCAGGUGCGCCUGGAUGAGGACUUCUGUGCUCAGGCAUCCCGUGAGGGCUGUGCGAGCUCCAGUUUCAGCAUACUGGUAGGAGACGGGGAAUGCAGGGAAACGGACCCAAGAGGGGAACAGAUCCUGGGUACGGUGGCAUCUUGACUGCCUCGUCUUCCCCGGAGAGGUGAAAAUUCUGCUGGCUUUAUUGACACAGUUAAGUGGCCACGUCGAUGAUGUAAUGCAUCUGUGGUUUUGUACAGUUUUUUGUUUGCUCUUUAUGGCUAGGAUUGUUUUGGGUUAAAGGGUACGGUUGUGUGCAAACUGAUCAUGGGAAUCCACGCAUGGGAGACACGACCUUGUCUUUGUCCGUGCCGUCUGGUCUUGUCCUCUUCACUGGUUCUCCUCAGGUUUGAGCAGAGAUGGGUUUCCCCAUCUCCUGCUACCAGGCAUCCGUGGGGUGGUGUUUUUUAAUUAUUAUUUUUGUUAUUUUCAGCAGGGACCAUGAUGUUCUCCAGUGCCACCCACCCUCUGCCUCCUGGUUCCCUCUGAGCUUAGCUGUAGCCUUCACAGUAGCUGAAGGAAUGAUGGAUCUUCCUAGAAACAAUUGCCAGCUAUGCCUCUUGAAAUGUAAAGUAUUUGGGGGUGGCUUGGUCUUAAACGGACUAUUCAGACCCAUUAGCUUCCCUAAAGACCUGGUGGUGAUGGGAGAUGGAAACUGCUGGAAGGUUUCUGGAUAUGGUUCAACGUAGCUGCCAGCAGUUCUGGACCCUUCUUUGGGGUGCUGCUUUGGGGAAGGUCAUGGGGGCAUCUGAGUUCAGGAUUUACUGCUACACCAAGGUCAGAAUCCUUUUGUAAAUUGGAGAUUGCCAGAGACUGAAGUGGAACCUUUCUUAUGCCAAGUGCAAGGUCCCCUCUUUUAUUUUUAAAUAGCAAACUGUAUUUCCUCUCUUCUCAUGUUUUGCUAGCUGGGAAGGUUUUCUCAGCAAGCAGAAAAGUUCUGACCGAGAGGCUGGAACUGGUCUGUUCAGUGUAUUGUGUCUAUAAUGAGGGAGGGAAGGAUGCUAAAAUGGAAGACAAAUGCUUCAUUCUUGGUCCUUUCCAAUCCACCAAAGCUCAGAAGCUCAACACUGUGAAAGUCAACUUCAUGUUAAUUAGGUAAGCUUAGGUUCAUGGCAUCUGUUGGGAUCAAGCAAAAUGUCACAGAUUGGCAAACUGAGUUAAUAACUAUGGUGUUAGUUAAGGGCACAGAGUGGCCUCCCAUUCACUUCAGUGGAGGGGGCCUCUCAGUGGGUGGAGAAGGUUGCAGAUGUGACAUGCACUUUCUGUUGAAGUGAAUGGGUGUGGGUAAAGGGUCUGUGUUGGGCAGAGUUUCUUUUCUGCCACGCUUGUGAUGUGUGUUGAUGUAUCCAAAGUUUAAAGCAGCCAUGGGGCAGACGCUCAAGCCAAUGUGCCAGAGAACUGAAAACGGGAUGGUUUUCUGUUAUAUUUCUAUUAUAUUCCUAAUGCAAAUAUAAAAGAGGAGUAUGCCAUGAACCCAGGGAAAAAGCUAUUCAAAACACUGCAAUACUGCAAUGGCCAUGGAGACCGCCAAAGGAUGCAUUCUAGAUCAAUAGGCCUCGGUGUUCAGUGUCUGUACAGAUUAGAAAUGCGUACAAGCUAUCACUAAUACAGAUCCAGCCUGCUUGGGUGUUUGUGCACACGUGUGUGAAUGUGUAAAUGUGUGUAAAUGUGGGAGCCGAGGAUGUGCGAAAGCUUUCCUACGGGAGCAAGGAUUAACGGUGGGAUUUAUGCUCCUAGGCGCGAGUGUGUACACGGGAGUACACAGAGAAUGCCCAAGCAAGUCACACGUGUACAACUCUUGUAGGCUCGGUAUUUAUUUUAACUGCUUGUUUAGAAUGUUUUGUGAUUGUUUGACAAUUGCACUCCCCAAUAAACAGCGUCCCUUUUGUAA